AUCGUAUUGAUCUAUUUCAUUAACAUUCAUUAACAAUUAGAGUUAAGUCUCAGGGAACCCACAAGCACAUAACAAUGGCUGCCAACAUUUUAUUGAAAGCCCCAGUGUGUUUGAUUAAAAACACCCCUGAUGGAAAACUUGAAGUGAAUCCAGAUGCUCUGGAAAUCCUGUCCAAGAUAACACAGCCCGUGGUGGUGGUAGCGAUUGUUGGCUUGUAUCGAACAGGGAAGUCUUAUCUUAUGAACAAGUUGGCCGGACUCCAGAAAGGGUUUGACUUGGGCUACACCGUCCAAUCACAAACCAAAGGCAUCUGGAUGUGGUGUAAACCUCAUCCCACUAAAAAGGACCAUGUACUGGUGCUGCUGGAUACGGAAGGUCUAGGAGAUGUGGAAAAGGGUGACACCAAAAAUGACAUUUGGAUAUUUAGCCUUGCGUUACUGCUGAGCAGUGCUCUCGUUUAUAACAGCAUGGGGACCAUCAAUCAGGAUGCGAUAGACAAAUUACACUUUGUAAAGCAGAUUGCAGAUUUAAUCAAAGUGAAAUCUAAAGAUAAUGAUGAUGAAGAGGCAGAUUUUUCAAGACAUUUCCCCAUUUUCAUCUGGGCCGUGAGGGACUUUAACCUGAAAUUGGAAAUAGAUGGAAAACUAGUAACAGAGGACGAGUAUCUGGAUAAUGCACUUAAGCUGCAACAACCUGAAAAGACUGUUAAGAUACAAGAGCUGAAUAUGUCCAGGAAUCGACUCCGCAUGUAUUUCAGAACUAGGAAAUGUUUUGUGUUUGAGCGUCCAUCCGAUGACAUCUCUGCCCUACAAAGCAUGGAGGAAGUGCAAGAUCAAGCUUUAAAAUCUUCCUUUGUGACCAAGUCUAAAGAAUUCUGUCAAUAUGUAUUUAAUAAUGCUGACAUUAAAUAUUUGGAUGGGACACGCGAAGUAGAUGGGAAAUGUCUGGGGUUAAUGGCAAAAAGCUACACAGAAACCAUAUGCUCUUCAAACAUUGCCUGCAUGGAAAAUGUAGUGAUGAGUGUGUCUGAGAUAGAAAACAAGGUGGCUGUUCAGGAAGCCUCAAAGUACUAUGAAGACAAGAUGAAAGAGAGAGCUACCUUUCCAACAGACACCAUGGAGACUUUUAUGGAUUUGAGUGGACAGUGUGAGAAAGAAGCUCUUGAGAUAUUUAUGAAAAAAUCCUACAAUGAUAAAGGCCACAAGUUCCAGAUAGAGUUCACAGGAAUUGUACAUGAGAAAAAAAGUGAAUUUUUGAAGAUGAAUGAGACGGCUUCUCGUAAUCGCUGUAAAGAACUUAUUGAGACUCUUGCUGGGAACUUUGAGAAAGCUUUGAGUGAAGGUUUGUACACAGUACCUGGAGGCCACCAAACGUUUAAGGAGGAAUUGAAGAGGAUUGAAGAAGAAUACAACAAGGAACCAAACAAAGGCAUUCAGGGAACUCAAGUUCUCCAGGAAUUUUUGAAAUCUAAGGAAAUGAUUGGAGCUACAGUUCUGCAGAGUGACAAUGCCCUGACCGAGAAGGAAAAGGAAAUGGAAGCGGAGAGAGCAAUGGCAGAAGCCAGAGAGAGGGAAAGGAAACAUGAGGAAGAAAAAGAAUCCCAGAAUAAGGAAAAGAUCAAAGACGACAAGAGGUCAUUGGAGGAGAACGUUAAACAGCUGCUGGAAAAGGUGGAAAGAGAGCGGAAGCUGAUGCAGGAGCAAGUGGAACGCAUCAUUGUUGAUAAGGAGAGGGAACGAAAGAGGUAUGAAGAUCAGGGGGUUAGACGAAACGCCAGCAUGUACCAGGCCCAGAUUGACGACCUUGAAGUAGAGAGAAAGCAAUACUCGGAACCUGCUUGGUACACACCCAUAAUAGAAUCCAUAAAAUCUGUCGCUAGUGCCUUUCUUCCUAAAACAAUUGUCCUGGCUGGGGAGGUGGCAAAUGGAGUUAUGACUAGUUUUCUAAACCAAAAAAAGGAGGAAAUGGGAAAAAAAUAGGGGUGCACUGCCAUUGUGAAGUUACUGCGUAUACUUAUCUUAAAAUAUCUUGUAAAUGACAGUGCAGCUCAAAAAGAAAAUAAAACACCUAUUUGUAUGUUUAAUCAAA